UAUAAAUCGGUACGGCUUUCGUUUAUCUUAUCGGUGCUAGUCCAAAUUUACAGCACUAGCAAGUCACGUGACCAGCUUGCGUUUUGAGAGCGCAUUCACAGCUGCUUGUAAAUAGAGGCUGUAAAUAUUUAGGCAGUUAAAGAUGAGUUUGGGUGCGCGCGCCACCAAGGGUGGUGCAAAGAAGGAGAGCAAGACGGACAAGGGGAAGCCCACAGACAAGCCCCAGCCCAAGGAAAAGACAAAACCACAGGCCACUACAGAACAACUUCGUAUGGCAAACAUGAUUGACUGUAAAAGCGAGGACGCUUCCGACGUGCGGCGUAUGGUCACUGAGCUGAUGGAGAUGACCCGCCGCACUGAGGAGGAGGUUUGUUCAGCGCUGCACGACACCAACAAUGACAUGGCCGCCGCUUGUAACCUGCUGUUCGAGGAGAGUCAGCGGAUACAGGGCGAAUGGCAAACCACAGAGAAGAAGAAAAAGAAGCCGCCGGCCCCCACCGGCAACGGCGACGUUGAGCCGCCUCGGGACGCGCCGCGCUCGCGCUCGGGCCCGCGCACCCGUCGCGGCGAAGGCGAGGGCUCGAUGCGCGGGCGCGGCUCGGGGCGCGGGCGGGGAGGCGCGCGCGGCGGGCGGGGCGCGGGGCGGGGCGCGCGGCGGGGCGGCGCCUCGCGCUCGCACGUGCAGCGCAACGACGCCGACUGGCCGCACGCGCCCGACACCGGUGGCAACAUCGACUCGUUCCCCGCCACAGAAGACUGGGACAAUGAGGAAUGGUCUGGCUCGCUCUCAGACACCAAGGUGACUAUGGUGUUCACGCCGAGUGCUAGCGGGCAGAACGCCACGGAUACCGACCCGGCGCCCGUUCCAUCUGAAGACUGGGAGUGCAGCCCGGAGGCCAACGGGCCGCGCGACCAGAUCCCCACCUACACCUACCACAACACACAGCAGCAACACAUACCUCAAAUGGGCAGCGCGAACAACGUGGUGUCGAGCGCGCCGCCGGUGGCGCCCAAGGCCGAGCCGCCCGAGACGUACGUGCCUCAACACCACCAAGUUCAGCCAAUGGGCAUGUCCGGCAGCCUGAGCGCGGCGCAGACGCAGUACCUGUCGCAACUCACGCAGCAGACGCAGCGCCACGACGCCAGUGUGUACACGAGUAACUACGGCGUGUACGGAGCGGCCGACAUCAGUACACAGAGGAAGACGCAGCGGGUCAGGGUGCCCCCGCCUUCCAAAAUACCAUCGUCCGCAGUGGAGAUGCCGGGCGGUACAGAGAACAGCGGCAGCAUGUUCCUAGACGUGCAGUUCGGUGCGCUAGAGCCGGAGGCCCUGCACGAGACGCCGCCGCAGUCGGUGCACGCGACGCACCCGACGCAUCCGACGCACCCGACGCACCCCGCGCACCCUGUGCACCAGGCGCACUCAGCGCAGCCCGUGCACUCUGCGCACCCAGUGGCGCAGGCAGUGCACCCGGCGACGCAGGCGACGCAUCCAGUGGCGCAGGCGACGCAUCCGGUGCACCACGCGCAACCGUCGGUGACGCAGUCGCCCACGCCGCAACCCGCCAAACCGCAGGUGCCGUCACAACCGGAGCCGCAAUCUGUGCCCCAAAGCCAUGAGACAACGACUGAACCGCCUAGUAAUAGCUACCCCAAUACAAACAGUAUGUUAAGUGAGAGCUUAUCAGUAGUGGAGCCGACGCCAACUAGUCAACCAGCCACGUCAGAGUCCGUAGUCGUCAAUAGCACGCCGCUAGAGAAGAUAUCGGCGUCGAUGAAGCAGCUCGGUGUGUCGGGCGUGUCGGGCGUGUCCGCCGUGUCGGCAGUGUCCGGGGUGGCGGGCACGAACGAGGUGACGCCGCAGCCACAGGCGCACCACCACUACGCACACCACAGGCCUAAGACAGUGGGACAACAGAACGUGUACGCGACGCACCACGCCGUGUCGCACCAUCCGCCCGUCUACAGCGCCAACGUGUAUGCGCCACAGGUGAACUCAACGAACGCGUCCAUUGCCAAUGCGUACCCGUCCAGUGUCACACUCACACAGUAUCAGCCCAUCAUUAAUUCCUAUCAGCAACAAACGUCAUCGACGUCGGCGGUGUCGGCGGCGGCGUACGGCGGCAGCGCGCUGUACACGGCGGCGCCCUACACCGCGCCGCCCGCGCACCCCGCCGCGCCCUACCACCACCCGCCCAAGCACCACAAGGAGACCGCGCAGCAGCCGCAGUACGACAACUCAGUAGCGUCGAGCAACAGCCUAACGAGCACGUCCACGACGCAGACCUCCACCGCCAAGGUGGCGACCACGACGGUGAGCGGCGCGGUGAACUCGGGCGCGUCGUCAGUGUCGACGGGCAACUCCACGGCGAGCGCGGCGAGCGCGGCGGGCUACGCGAGCGGCGCGCUGUACGGCGGCGCGUACGCGUACGACGAGCAGCUCAUGCGCAGCGGCCUGCCGCACCACAUGGGCGGAUACUACGAAGUGGGGUACGGCACGCGGGAGGGCACCUUCGGCCUCGGCGCCGGCGAGAGGUUCGGACGGACGGACGCCGCCUCACCCCAACAGGUGCCUGCCGCGUUGCCGGGCUACACGUACUACGCGUUCCAACCACCACCAAACACAUACCAGUAUGGCGUCCCAUACCAUGCCACAGCGUACGGUGGUAGUACGGGUGGCGUGGGUGGCGUCGGGGGCGUGGGUGGCGUGGGCGGCGUGGGCGUGAGCGCGGGCGGCAAGGUGUCGGCCUACUCGCAGCAGCAGCAGCCGUCCUACGACGCGCAGGACUCGUACAAACCAGGCGGCCCGUACACAGCCAACGCGAACAAGUCAGGCGGCGCCGCGUCCGCCGAGCUCUCGACUGCUAUGUACGCGAAGACUCACGUCACGCUCAACAAGGUUAACAGUUACGAGAAAGCCGGGUUCCACAGCGGCACCCCGCCACCGUUCGGCGCCGGCAGCCACAUGUACAUCCCCGCGCCGCCGCACCACCACCCGCACCACCUCGCGCCGCAGCAGCACCAGAUGGAUGGUCGGGUGAACAGUAGUCAUAAUAGGCGGGAGAGCGGGUCGGGCGCGCGCACGGGCGCGUCCAAGCCGACGGCCAACAAGCCGACCUACUCCUCGCAGUCCUACUGGGCGCCCAACUAGUGCUCUGCUGCUCACUCGGCUCUCAACACAAAGAUAGACACGUGUACAUAGAAGGCGACCGCUACCCUCAACUCACCCGCCGACCGGUUCGGCCGAGCACGCUCCGGGCCCGGCACGUGCCCGCUCCGGGCUCGCGCACGCGGCUCUCACCCACGUGUAAUCAUGUUGCGCACAUCCACCGCGCCGGAGACACCGACCCGCCCUGGGAGACUCCUUAUUUAAUAAAGCGCACGCGUGCGCCCGAUUAGCUCUCGUUAGGAUCCUCGUCCGCGGCGUUCCGACGCGUUGCUAAUGUGUCAAUUUGUAUCGAAGUAUUUAAAAUAAUAAUAAAUAAUAAAAUAAUUGAUAGUGUAUAGGUCGGAUUGUAAAGAACUCAUUAACUAAAAUAAAAAAAAGUUGAACGCGAUCGAACGCCGCGCGACUGCUUAGUUAUGUUAUCGGUGACGCAACCCCCUGUAUAAAGAAUAGCGCGUGUGUGUGUGUGUGCGCGGUGUCUCGUGCGUGCGUGUGUGCGUACCCUUUUUAUUAUUUUUUAGUGAAACUUGUAAGAACUCGCCCCUCCUGAUUCUAUGUUAUGUGCGUGAUAUAUUAUAUAACUAUACAUUAUUACAUAAAAUAAAAGAAACAGACAGUACGUGUAUCAAUUUAAAACGUGUAACUGAUAUUGUAAAAUAAAAUGAAAGGUAAUUGAAUGGAAAGAAAUAAUGGUAAACUAACUUUGUUAAUAUGACUUGUUUUUUUUUUUAAAUCCCUAGUGUAUUCAUGCGGCGGGGCGCCGCGUCUUUUUUAGUAUACAUUUAUAUGGCGCGCUGCGUGUCGUGUCGACGCGAGAUUAGGUUAGUUAGCUAUUAUUGGGGUCGUUGUAAGGCGGGCACACACUGGGGCCAAAUCGUUCGUGUUCCUGCAGCUCUCUGUGUGUCUCGGCUUAACCUCGCCGCGCCCCGCCGCCUUGGUGUAAGUCCACUCCGUUAGGUUACUAUUCUUUUGUUUAAAUAAAUUAACAGUAGUGCUACAUUUGUCGUUAUAUAUAAUAAAAAUAAAUUAUGUAUUGUAUAUGUAUUGUAAGCGUUUGGUGCGCUAUGCGCGCCUGGACUUUUUGUAUUUAGUUGUCAUAUUUUUUGUAAUUAUUACGUAUUAUUAUUAAAAUGGCGCCAUAGUUCGUCGACUGUAAUUGUAACAACGUUUAAUAUUAAUCGAGGUCUUUUUUAUCGUGAAAGAAUGCUGAGAUGAUCUCGCGGGCAUUGCAAACUGUGAGGGAAAUACACAUAUUGGAACAUGA